AUGGGAGUUCGGGAGUGGAGGAUUUUCUUCGCCACACAGCUUGUCGCUGCAGAGAGCAUCCAGCUUUUCGGCCCAGAGAAUGCCAGCCUUCCCUUCCCCACGUGGUCCGGGGGACUGGACCUUCUGUCCACUGAUCCGCCGAUCUUUCUCCUGCGCGGUUUCGUCUCCAGUGGAGAGGCGGAGAGGCUUCUGCGAGAUUAUGAAGUGGAACUGAUCCCAGAAUUCGUGCGUCAUGUCAACGACACCAGCUCGCCAGCAUUUCAGCGUUGCAUGCGGCGAUUCCCGUCGUCAUUCUGCGAGUCCACUCCAGCGGCUGGUGACCGCUGCGACUUCCAAUCGGAUCGACGUGUCUUCGCAAGCCAGGCCAUGGUAAACGUCCACGAACGGAUUGCUUCGACGGUUGGUGUGCUGGAGGACCAGGUGGAGGAAGCCUGGCUCUUCAACUGGGACAAGUCCCGUCGAGGUCAAGAUCUUCACAUGGAUACGUACCACCAUUUCCAGUUCCCGGUGCGCGUCGCAACGGUGCUAGUCAGGUUGCGGGACGACCCUGUGGGCGUGGCUUUCCCUUUGGCAAAAUGGCCUGCAGCGCAUGCGCUUGCCGAGGAUGAGACUCUCAUUGAGAAGCUGUCGCAUGAGGGAAACGAGCUGCCGUGGCGUGGCAGUGGGACCGGACGAAAUUUCAAGUCCUUGGGCUUUUUGGACGAAGCUUUCGCGGAGGUGUGCCGCAAGGCUCCCUUGCGGCUCCGCCAGGGGGACGCCCUUCUCUACUACCAUCUGCUGGGUGACAGCAAGGUUAACAUGCGCUCCAUUCAUGCGUCCUGCACCACAGAGAGUGCCGAUUCUCCGAAGAUCUUCAUGGCCAAGUUUGUCCGUGGUGGCUCUUUGCUAGGCCCGUAUGGCUCGCUGCGAACACCUCCGGUGCCAUCAGAGUUGCGAGCCUGGAUGGACUGGCGUCAAGAGCGCAGUGGUUUGGACACAGCUGCCGUGUGGAUCGACGGGACAGACCAUGGCCUGCUGGAUCCCGAUGCUUGCCGGCAGCACAAGAAACCCUGGUUUGUUCGUCCGGCCAGCAUCGCGGGCGGUCCACCAGUUCUGUCCUGCGGGGAGCCAGCAGAGACAGAGUAUGUCCAGCGAAGGCCAGGAGAAGCCUUCGAGGUUCACAUCGUCAUAGCUAACACUGGGAGCAGACCCUGGCCACCCGGAACCGUGCUGUCGUUGCGCGACGGACACACCAUGGGAGGCCCUGCUGGUCUCCGACUGCAGGAGGUGCCUGUGGGCAGUACCGUGCCAAUAGCUCUCCAACUUCGGGCUCCUGAAGAGCCGGGCGCAAAGGCAUACAGCAUCUGGAGUCUUGCCGAUGGGGAGCGCGUGCCCUUCGGGGCGUUGCUGUGGAUAGAUGCUGCCGUGGUUGGAAACGACGAGGACAUCUCGCUGGCGCCUGAUGACGGCAAGAGACUUGAUCUUGCCAGCUCUCCCACAGCGGGCCUGACUGGUGGAGGCCCAGCUGCUGGGCCGCUGGACUCGAAGCUCCAAGAGGAAGUUCGCGAGGAGGCAGAGGCCUGCCACGAGUUCUGGACAGAUCCGAUAUUCCAAGAGCUUUCCAGUCAGACGGCGUCCUUGCCUUCGGUGGUGGCACCGGACCGGGGUAAACCCAGGCUCUGCUGGUCGUUGGGGCAUCGUUUCUGGUUUGGCGAGCUCUCCUUCCACCAUGUGGCGCCACCGAAGACAUUCGUCUUCGGCUUUUGCCUUCCACGAAGUUGCUCGAGACGUCGAAGCGAGGUUGACGUUAAGGUCGCAAAGCCCUUCCUGCGGAGACUCUUCGCCUCUUCCAGUGGCUCGGACUGGUGUCGCCUUGAGCUCAGCGAGUGGACCCAAGAUCUGCACUUCCCACUGUCGCAGGCCUGGCUUGCAUUGCUUCCGCCCAUGCUGGCGGGUUCGCUUUGUGGCCUAGGUCUGCACUGCCCCACAGGAGGCGCCAAGGCCUCGGAGCCGGUCUCGUGGCAUCCAGCAGCGCUGCGUCUGACGGCGACGCUUUGCCUGGUG